GUUGUAGAUCAGCAGAUGUUCCGAAGCUGUUCUCAUCUAGCUUCUCCUGGUUCCGGUUCGGUUCCGACCAGAAGAUUUUGUGAAGGUUCGCUGGACGGAAGCAGCUUUUCAGAAUCUGGAGAAAUGAAGGUUCUGGUUCUGGUUCUGGUCCAGUUGGUGGAAACUAAUCAGUUACAUUUAUUGCUGUAAUUACAUUUAGUCUAAUUUGUACUUUAAGUUGUUUACAGAACCUGAACCUGAGUUUGUUUUGAGUAAAGUAAUAAUUUGCAUUAUUUAGUAGAAAUAAACGGCAGCAGGUUUUAGUUUAGUUCAAAUAAAGAGGAAAAUAAAACUUGAUGCUGCAUCAAAUCCUGUAAACAUGAUAUUUAAUGUUUUAUCAUUAUAGUUUCUACUGACUGAAAACAAACCAGGAGUUCAGUUUUUAGUCGGUUAUUUAGACAGGAGGCUGAAAUAAGAUAUUAAUGUAAAUAUUUAGUGCUGCAUCUUUAUAAAGUUGCUCCUUUAACUAGGCCGUUUGAGGCCAACAUGUUCUCCUUUCCUCUGUGAGCAGAACCUGGUUUUGCUCAUCACAAAGGAACUAAAGUCACAUUUUAAUGAGGGAUUUGUUACUUUAAUCUGUAUUUAAGUGCAGCUUACAUCAAUAACUGCUUUACCUGAAUAACCUGCAUUAUGGGAUGUGUGAACAUUGAUAAUCCAUUCAUGUUGUAACUACGGUAACGUUUCAUCUCUGUCUUUUCUGUUCAACAAAUUGGUCGUUUUCUGCACUUUGAUCAAGUUUUGAUUGAAUGAAAAUGAUCCACUGUCCUUUUUAUGUUAAGGUGAGUUUAGUGAUUUAUGUCCGCCCCGCCGCAUGUUAGUGUCUGUGGACCACCUGUGUAAAACGUCCCAGUCCGUAAACCAAACGCCCCAAUCCGACCAGCAGCCACCGACUUUGGGAAGAGUCGUUUGGCGCCAGUCAAAUCUCCGGUUAUAAGUUAAUAAUCGGUUGUUUUCGGGGUGUUUUGUGUUUUAUUGGAGCAAAUUAACGUCAAACAUCAACUAGAUUUUCUCCGUUUGCUUCUAAUUGGGACGUUUUGUGACCAGCAGACAGACGUUAAACGUGGCGGAGACGGUUUGAGGGCUGCAGACGAAAACUACGAGGUCCAGGAGGGAGAAGCUGCAGCAGCAGGACAGAUCAGAAUCACUUUGGGAUGAAAAGUCAGAUCCAGUGACAGAUUCAGGCUGCCUGCUGCCAGCUGAUCCAUCCUGACCCAAACCGGACCGGCUUACUUUCACCCGAUUCUGACCCAGAACAUUCCUCUGAGUUCUCUGGAGGUCUGUCCAGCUCCUGGUUCUGUUCUGGUUCUGUUCUGGGUCCGGUGCAUCUAGCAUCAGCUGAACCUGAGGUUCCCUGUGUGCUGCUGACCCGAGUCGUCCUUGUUCAGGUCGCUGCCGGCGAUGGCUCUGAUCGAAGGCGUGGGCGACGAGGUGACGCUGCUGUUCGGCUCGCUGCUGCUGCUGACGGUGCUGCUGCUCGCCUGGGUCUCCACCCGCACCGCCGAGCCCCCGGAGCAGCUGUUCCCAGGCCACGCCCCCUCCACACAGGACACGCCCCUCUCCUCCACCGCCUCUGUGGGCGAUGGCGCUCCGUCCGAGGCUCCGCCCACCGGCCCCUCCCCCCAGGAGGAGGCGGAGCCCGAGGCGGGAGACGGGGUGAGGCGGCGGGGAGCGGAGCGGAGCAUGGUGGUCCGCCUGAAGUUCCUCAACGACACGGAGAGAACGGCCCAGGUCCAACCGCACGACACCAUCGGCUACAUCAAACGAACCUACUUUGCGGGUCAGGAGCAGCAGGUGCGUCUCAUCUACCAGGGCCAGCUGCUGCAGGACGACGCCCAGACGCUGGCCUCGCUCAACCUGGCCCAUAACUGCGUCCUGCACUGCCACAUCUCCCAGGGCGCGGCGGCGGGGGCGGCGGGGGGCCCGCGGCCCGCCGACCAGGUCCAGGUGGCGCUGAACGUGGGCAGCCUGAUGGUCCCGCUACUGGUUCUGAUGCUGUCCGUGCUGUGGUACUGUCAGAUCCAGUACCGGCAGUUCUUCACGGCGCCGGCCACCGCCUCGCUGGUCGGCAUCACCAUCUUCCUCAGCCUGGUGGCCUUCGGCGUCUACCGCCGCUAGCCGCUCUCUGAUUGGCCCGCCGCCGUGGGCCUGCACAUUCUGUUGCCAUGGAGACGUGGGGCGCGACAAGGACUCUGAUCUUUAUUUUUUUAGCUGAUGUUUCUCUGUAACUUCUCAUCACUGUGCCUCGGUUCCUCCUGUCGGCUCUAAUCUCAAUAAAUCACUAAUUUAU